AUGAGGCACUAUGACUAUGAGGUGAUGAAAGUUGGUUUGUUUUUCUACGUUUUCUUCCAGCUCUCCAGCAGUCAUCUUUCAGAUUUGAAAUGAUGUAUCAUUAUCGAUACGUAUGAGCAAGGAAUUUCUGGAUAUAUACCAAUUUGCUUGAUAGAAUUAAUUAUGGGUUCAGAACAUUCAAGCCAGUCUGGUGCACAAUCGACCCCAAGACAGAGCAGCCUCAAUAAAGAAGGGCAUAAGCCCCUCAAUUUCAGACGACAACAUACAAUAGCAAAUCCCGGAGCCGGUGGCGGCAGUUCCGAAUUUGGAGAAAAUUGUGAUAAUGGUAGACCUGGUUCCAUUUCUCCUGGCCCAAGUGUAUGCAGUGAUGUAGACUUACCCUAUAUAAGUUAUACUGUUAAUAGACCAAUUGGUGACUCACCUAAAUUAACUAACAAGCAAAUUUUGAAAAAUAAAUCCAGCACUCCUAAACCACAAUCAAAGCAGUCAAAAAUUAAAUCUAAUACAGCUCAUAACAUUGUUGUUGUCAGAGGAGCUAAUCCAAAUACACCAGGUACUGAGAGAGACCCAGAAAUUAUUCGUCUCCAAAGUAUUCCAAUGUUUUUGCCGAUUAUGAGAGCCACUCUGAAUCUUCCAGCUGCAAGGGAUCCUGAAGUUCUAGAGAGACUAGACCCCAGCCCAUUCAAAAAUCUCUGCUUGAAAUAUCAAAGACAUCUUACUGCAGCAGCUAAUUUGGUUGCUAAGGAACAAAAUCAGCUCUCUCACAAGAUCAGAGAGGUGGAUGCAGAAACAUCCAAGAUGGUGUUGGUUGCUACAGACAAACAACGCAAGUUUGCCAAGUAUGCUGAAAAAUUAUCAAAGGUCAUAGAGCUCUCUCAUCAGUUGAAUCGCUGCCAUAUGCUACUGAAUCAAACCCUGGAAUCUAUGGAAACUUUGAACAACUAUUUGGAUAUCAAUGAUAGGUUGGAACCCUUUGUUUGGACAACUGGAUGAGAAUUACUUGAUAGGGAUUCUGAAAAUUCCAUGGAAGAUGAUAAGGGUUAGGGCCAAUUUGAAAUUGGAGAGGACCCAAACAGUUUAAUGAACAACUUGAAUUGUACAUACUAAUGCUAGUCAUGCAAUACUGAUAAGUUAUUAUAAGUACCUAAGAUUGCUUUUAUGAAACAAAUAAUUGAAGAAGUAAAAUAUUAUUAUAGUUUGCAUCAAUUUUUAAAGAUGAACU